AGCUGCUAGUUAGCUAGCCAAUUACAGGCUAACGGGGAAAAUGGCUUAGCGUGGUCCACCCACAUCACAUCGACAAUCAUAUAGCUGUACUUUUUUUGUUUGUUGAUACAUGUGAUUUACGUUUUUAGUAUACCUUGCAAACCUACUUGAUUCAUGCAAACUCUCGUUUGUUGGAUUUAGCAGGCUCAUUCGAACAUCUUUUGACACCAACACGGCUCAGCUCAACCGGUGCAGGUACAGCAGACCGGGAGAAACAUGGUAGUUCCGCACAGCUCCAGUGCGGUGCAACCAGCAGACAAUGACUGUGCCGAGGGUCUUGUGAAGCCCUCCCAGCCGAGCUACGAGGAGGAGCAGGAGCUAGCAGGGGUGGAGUUGGAGGAGGUACGUAAGCUCCAGGAACUCAUUCGAAGACUUGAGGUCCAGAAUCAAACACUCCGAAACAGGGGAGGCAGUAAGAAUCUACAUCUCAGAGGGACCACCACAAACAACAGUAACCUCACAACCAGUACCAACAUCAAUGAGAUAAUCUCCUCCUGUGAAGGAGUGAUCAACACCAACUCCUCUCUCAGGUUGGGGAGCUGUGGAACGGAACUAGGCGGCAGCAGUAGUGACUUGGAGCUAUCCCCUCCUCAGGACAGCAGUAGUGACUUGGAGCUGUCCCCUCCUCAGGACAGUAGUAGCAGUGAGGAUAUGUCUAUGUCCCAGCUCCCUGUAGUUAACCGGGAAGAGGAGGAUGGUGGACUGUGUGCAGGCUUUCUGACCCUGCCGUGCGGGAACGGACCAGGACCGGCGCAGACCCAGGGGCAAAGCACAACCCCAGAGAGUCCCUCUCUGGACAGCUAUGAGUCUGAGACCCUGGCGGAGAGCGACUCGGGAUUGGACCAGUUGGCCCUGGAUGAAGUGGAUGUUCUGGACCUAUGGGAGGACCUUGCAGAGGUGGAUGACGAGGACAGCUGGUUGUAUGUCUCCCCUAUGAAGCAGGUAGUUGCCGAGCCCAGACCUGAGUCUCCUCUGAAGUGGUGCCGGAAGGUUCUGGACCACCCCAGCCCAGAGACUGAGGUGGCUUGUCGCACCCUGCUCAACCGUCUCGACCAGACAUCUCGCUGGAGGAACAUCUACAGCAGCUCUGGUCAGAUGGGGGAGGCUGGCUCCUCUGGCUCUGGGCUCCUCUCUCCUGGGUACCACAGCAAAUCUACUAACAAAAGCCUACUGGCCAGUGGUGGCUCAGGCUACGUGAGUGUGCACUCUGCUCUGAGUUCCCAGUCUUCUGUAGACAGUGAGCUGAGUACCUCAGACGACUCCAUCACCAUGGGUUACAAGCUACAGGACCUCACUGACGUCCAGAUCAUGGCCCGCCUACAGGAAGAGAGUCUGAGACAGGACUAUGCCUCCAGCUCUGCCUCAGUGUCUCGUCGUAGUUCCUCUGCCUCCCUCCAGUCUCUACGUCGGGGUGGGACCUACAGCGACCAGGAGUUUGAUACCUACAGCCUGGAGGAUGAGGAGGAUGAGUGCUGCUCUCUGCCCCAGCGACGCCUCCGCUACUCCCCCUCUCCCCUGAGCUCGCCCCGCUGCCUCUCCCCCUCCACGGGUUUGCAGGGCCAGGCAGAGUACAGCAGGCUGGGGGCCCCCCGACAACGUGUUCCACGGCGAUCGCUACAGGGGCCUGGGCCCGAGCUGCUAAAGUUCGCCAAGACCGAGGAAGAGGUGAGGCACAGCAUGCCUAACCUGGCCCCCCGUACCAGCCUGCGUUCCCUGGAGGCGGUUAGGAACAGUCGCAGCAUGGAGGCUAACCUCCAGAGCUCUGGUAUGUCAUCCGGUCAGAUGCGAGGCAGUGGCCAGUCCCAUCUGUCCAUGCGGGUCCCUGUCAAAGCCAUGGGCUCCAUGCCGGGGGCCCGCCAGCCCUACAGGGGCCUGCCUGUAGUCCAGAGUGGACCCAAUGGCGGGGUACGGAGGGUCCAGUCCACAGGGCCUGCCAAUGGGGGAGCCUACCCAGCUGGGAGAGCCUCUACUGGGGGUGGGAGGCAAGCAGCAGCCCCAUCCUCAAGGAGUAGACUGGCCCAUCCACAUAGAAGGUCUAUGGGGAUGACUAGAACGAAUGGCCCAAUCUCAAAUGAGUCGUGGCGAGACGGCUGCUACUGAGGCAACAAGGAAACUUCCUCCACCUCUCUCCUUUACCUCACGUUUUUAUAUAAACACCAACCUAAUUGCCUCUGAACGUACCCCUGUAGGCAACACCAACUUACUUGUCUCUGACCAUACCGCUGGCCUAUGAACAAACCUCUGUAGGCUGGACCACUGUAGAUGAACAGAGCUUCCCUUGCAUGCAGAACCCGAUCACCCCACGGAUACACUGGAGACAGGACCUGGACAGAGCUUCCCUGGCAUGGAGAACCUUCUCACCCCACGGAUACACUGGAGACGGUACCUGGACAGAGCUUCCCUGGCAUGGAGAACCUUCUCACCCCACGGAUACACAGGAGACGGUACCUGGACAGAGCUUCCCUGGCAUGGAGAACCUUCUCACCCCACGGAUACACAGGAGACGGUACCUGGACAGAGAUUCCCUGGCAUGGAGAACCUUCUUACCCCACGAAUACACUGGAGAUGGGACCUAGACAGAGCUUCCCUGGCAUGGAGAACCUUCUUACCCCACGGAUACACUGGAGACGGGACCUAGACAGAGCUUCCAGAGUACAGAAGAUGUUGUUUUAUAACAUUCCAAUUCGAGUCUAUAUUUUAUGAUAGUUGAGAGAAGACAAAGGGUUGUUAAUUUGUUUACGUUCUGUAGAUUUACAAAUGAUUGAAGACUUUGGAUGGAUUGUUUGUUCCAUUGUGUGUGAAGUUGAACUUGAUAUUUAAGGUGAUCACAUCUGUUACUUGGGUGUUGCAUGAUGUUUUUGUUUCGUUUUUUUCUUUUCUGAGGACAAAGAAAUGAGUUAGUUAUAAAUAAUAAGUCUGUUCUUCCAAGGAACAACCCUCAUGUUGAUGCGUGUGGGAAGUUUUUUUUAAAUGUUUGUGGGAUUGGUUGUGAUUCCUGUAUAAUUGUGUUUUGCCGACUAAUGCAACAGCUCUGGACCACACUGCCCUUCCAUCAAGACCCCCCUUAAGAACAUUAAAAAACAGUUAUGAAAAGUUAUCGUUGGGAUAAGUUCGUUGUGCCAAGGUGCAUAUCUGUUGCUGCAGCAUUGUUUCUACAACUCCAACAAACUACUACUUGUAGAUGAGAUACUGUAUACAUUGAUUUACCACAGUUGUUUUUACUGCAUAUCGGUUGGUGAAUCUGAGUGUUGGGUUUAUUAAUACCGCUGAACUAAUAAAACAAACUGACGCACGAAGUAAAGGCCUUUAUGCUCUUUCUAAGAGACAACCAGCUAUGCACCCUCAUGCGGAGUGCCUCUGAAAAUUAGGAACUGUAAUGAAAAUGAAGAAUAAAACCUACCCAGAACUUGAA